UUCGCGCUGUUAAAAGCCCGCCGCGUAAGGGUUCCAAAUCACAGAGGGCAAGACGCGAAAGGGAAAAAGUCGUAAGCUUUUCAAACCCCAGCAGUUUAAUCUCUGUUAUUACAUACAAUUGCCGCAUAAUACUUCAAAUCGUUCACUUUGAUUUUUGUUGGCGAAAUGGCUGAAUCAAAGUCUGGUUUAAGGAAACCAGUGUUUACCAAAGUGGAUCAGCUCCGCCCUGGUACUUCUGGCCAUACACUUACUGUGAAAGUUGUUGACUCGAAGAUAAUUAGACAAAAGGGGAGGGCUGAUGGGCCUCAAUCUCGUCAGCCGCGAAUUGCUGAAUGCUUGGUUGGGGAUGAGACUGGAAUGAUUGUGUUUACUGCUCGAAAUGAUCAAGUUGAACUGAUGAAAGCAGAUGCCACUGUAGUACUUCGCAAUGCAAAGAUCGAUAUGUACAGAGGAUCCAUGAGGCUUGCUGUUGACAAAUGGGGACGGGUCGAAGUCACAGAUCCAGCAGAUUUUACUGUGAAGGAAGACAACAAUUUGUCCCUGAUUGAAUAUGAACUGGUCAGUGUCGUCGAAGAGUAAUCAACCUUCCAGAUAGGAACCUGUCGUGCCGCCGGUGAACGGCAAAGUUUCUCUUCCAAUGUCUUCCACUGAUCAAAACCAUCAGCAGAAAGUGUUGCAGAAUCAAAAUUGGGUUCAACUAUGAAGAAGAUUUGAGUACUGUAAGCAUUCAUUGAAGCACUUUAUUUUCAGCCAGAAGAUUGUGAGUAAUUUAGUUAUAUAUGGUUUCUGAAACUGUUUUGUUGUCAUGAAAAGAAUCUUCUUCCAUCUCUAGUGAUGUUCUUGCUGGUUAAAACUUUGAUCUUUUGGGAAAAUGUUUCAUCUGUCAAGUAUGUAUGUGGAACACAAUGGUUAUUUUUAUGAAAGUUUGUUUCUUCA